AUGACACGCGCACAGCAAACUCUUUCGAUUGCAUUGCUAGUCACAUCACUCUACCUAGCCCUAUACCUAGGUCUGCUACCUCUCAACCAAACCAUUCAGGAGGAAAUCAUCCCACAUCUCCCGACAUACUUCCUUAUGGUUCUAGGCUCCUAUCUCCUCUUCCGACUUGGCUGGGGAGUAUUCACAUUCCACGAUGUUCCAGAAGCAUAUAAAUCCCUACAAGCAGAAAUAAAGCAAGCAACCACCGAGCUGAGGACAAUGAGUGUUGACGUCGAUUAA